AUGGCCGAGUGCGCGCCGCUGUCCGUGGAGGGCGCGUGGGGGCCGGAGCAGGGCCGGAGCCUGAAGAACAAGCUGCAGCUCUACUUCCAGAGCCGGAGGAGGUCCGGGGGGGGGGACUGCCGCGUGGAGCUGGAGGCCGGGGCCCCCAGGGCCGCCGUGUACUUCCGAUCAGAGGAGGUCAGGCAGCGAGUCCUGGACAGGAAAAACCACGAGGUCAUCGUGGAGCAGCAAACCGUGAAGCUCCAGCUGAGCUCUGCCCAGAGUCCAGCGAGCGGCGACGGCGUCUCAGUGUUCUCAGAUUUGACGGAUUCAGAGGAACCAAAGUCAGAACCAGAAGCUGUAAAUGAGGCUGCAGCAAACCCAGAAGAGCCGGUGGGGGUGGCUCCGGGCUCGGCGGUGGUGCUGCAGAACCUCUCAGAGAACAUGUCCAGAGAGCUGCUGCUCAUGCUGGUGGAGAACCUGUCCGGCCUGGACGAGAAGGACUUCAGCCUGGAGGUCAUCUGGGAGUCCAGCACGGCCGUGGUCCUCUUCAGCCAGCCCGCAGUUGUGGAGAACAUCUGUUCCAAAGUGGACCAUGUGAUCUGCUCCAGCGGCGUGCAGCUGUUCCCGUUCUACCCCAGCCUGGGCGCCGCCCUUUACGGCGAGCGGCGUCCGGCCUGGCGGCUGCCGGCCGCCUUCAGCCAGCGUCUGGACGCGCUCAUCUGGAGGUUCCUCCGGACGCGCCGGCUGGAGGACGCCCUCCACCAGCAGAUGCGCCGCCACCUGUGCGGCGUGCGGCUGGCGGAGGCGGAGCCGGAGGCGUGGCUCCGCCCACUGCCCGCCGUCCUGCGGCAGCCCGGGCUGACGGCCGAACGGCUGGACGGCUGGCGGGACGGCGCCCAGCGGGCCUUCUGCGCCCUGCUGGACCAGUACUCCGCCUUCGAGGUCCCCGUGAGCGCCGAGGCCUGGAGGGCGGCGGACGGGGAGGUGCGGGCGGCCGUGGGGGAGGCGGGCGCCGUCCUGGCGUUCGACGCGUCCAGAGGGGUCCUGACCGUGGCCGGGCAGGCCGACGGCGUGCGGGCGGUGCGGGCGCCGGUGGAGAACCUCGUCCUCCGGGCCAAGGCCGUCCGCGAGCGGCAGACCAGGAGCCUCACCGAACAGGUGCCGCUGCCCCCCCCCCGCUUCUUCAUGCUGGAGCAGGCGGGGCUGCGGGACGCCGCCCGGGACGUGUCCCCCGAGCUGACGCUGUCCUACCGGGAGGCCCAGCAGACGCUGGACAUCACUGGGCUGCCGGAGGAGGUGCUCAAGGCCAAGUGCUGGAUCCUGGAGAAGAACGGCGGCAUGAGGAAGAGGCCGCUGACCGUCCCCCAGGGCGUGCUGCAGUACCUGAGGACGGUGGACCCCAUGGACAUGUCCCAGAGUCUGUUCACCGCCCAGGGCAUCGGCGCCAUCUACUCCCGGGAGGGCAAAGGCCUGGUCCUGCUGGGGGCCUCCGCCGGAGCCCUGGACCAGGCGGAGAGCCAGAUGAAGGCCAAGCUGGCGGUGCAGACGGUGGCGGUGGAGGACCAGCAGGUCCUGAGGCUGCCCGGCUGGCUGGAGCUGACCCGGCAGCUGCUGGACUCCUUCAACACCUCCAGCCGGAAGGUGGUGUCCAUCCGGGUGGAGGGCGGCGAGCGGGUGGUGGUGGCCGGCUUCCUCUCCCCGGUCAACGAGGUGUGCGGCAGCCUGAGGGACUUCGUCCACCGGUUCUCCCGGGUGGAGGAGAGCCUCCGCGUCCAGUCCCAGGCGGCCGUGCUCUUCAUCCAGAGGAACCGCACAGAGGUCUGGGCCGAGGCCAUCCGGCAGGGAGAAGUCUCGGUCCAGUUCGACCCCCAGAGGCCGCGGAUCGCCAUGUGGGGGGCCCGCCUACACGUGCAGAGCGCCAAGCAGUGCUUCCAGCAGCUGGCCGGCGGCCUGGUCACCGACACGCUGACCGUGGACAAGCCGGGGGCCAAGAAGUACUUCCUGUCCCAGGAGAACCCCAUCCUGUCCUCCAUCAUGGCCGAGUUCAGCUGCGUGGUGGCGCUCCAGUCCGAGGAGGAGGAGGAGGCCCCCGGGGACCAGGCGGAGGACGGGUGCUGCUACCAGAACCCCGCCGGCGUCCGCGUCUCCGUCAGCAGGGCCGACAUCUGCAGCUUCCCGGCGGACGCCGUGGUCAACGCGGCCAACGAGGAGCUGCAGCACCUGGGCGGCGUGGCGCUGGCGCUGCUGCGCGCCGCCGGCGCCCCGCUGCAGGACGCCUGCAGCCGGCUGGUGGCCCAGCGGGGGAAGCUGCGGCCCGGCCAGGCCGUGGUGACCGACAGCUUCCAGCUGCCCUGCAGGCACGUGGUGCACGCGGUGGGGCCGCGCUUCGGCGAGUGGGACCGGCCCACGGCGGUGGGGCUGCUGGCGGCGGCGGUCCAGGAGAGCCUGCGGCAGGCGCAGCAGGCGGGCUGCCGCUCCGUGGCCCUGCCGGCCGUCAGCUCCGGCGUGUUCGGCUUCCCGCUGCAGCUCUGCGCCGACACCAUCGCCCGGGCCGUGCGCGAGCACCUGGACGGCCAGCAGGGCGGCGCCGGCUCGCUGACCGACGUCCACCUGCUGGACAUCAAGGAGGACACCGUCAGGGCCAUGGCGGCCGCCGUCAGCCGGGAGUUCGGCGGCACGCGCUGGGCGACCAGCAGCAGGACCCCCGGCCCCGGUGGACGCCAGCGGGGCCGAGGGAGGGGCCACAGUCACAGCCCCAGUGAGAGAGGAGGAAGAGGAGGAGGAGGAGGAAGAGGAGGAAGAGGAGGAGGAGGAAGAGGAGGAACGGGAUUCCAAGGAGAUAAGCAGUCUUUCUCCAGAGACGUUUCUGGUCAGAGGAGCUCAGGAAACCAGGAAGGGGCUGCAGCUCCUCAGCCUCUCCUCCAAUCACAGCACUCCUCUGCCUCCUUUGGGCAGGUGUCCUCCCCCUCGCUGGGGGUCUACCACAUGCAGAUGGGCCGGCUGGCCCUCCAGGUGUCGUCAGGAGACAUCACCAAGGAGGCCUGUGAUGUCAUCGUCAACUCCUCCAAUCACACCUUCAACCUGCAAGCAGGAGUGUCCAAGGCCAUUCUGGACGGCGCUGGGGGCGGCGUGCUGAUGGAGUGCUCACAGAUUGUGAGCUCUCCGGGCUACCAGCCUCAGGCCAUGAUCAUGACCUCAGCCGGGAAGCUGCCCUGCCAGAACAUCCUGCACAUCGUCGGCCGCAACGAGCCCUCCCAGAUCAGGGAGGUGGUGGGCGCUGUGCUGAAGGCCUGCGAGGAGCAGAAGUUCUCCUCCGUGGCCUUCCCAGCCCUGGGAACAGGUCAGGGCGGCGCCCCCCCGGCGGCGGUGGCCGACGCCAUGGUGGGGGCCGUGGUGGACUUUGUGAGGAAGAGCAGCCCCAAGUCUGUGUCCGUCGUAAAGAUGGUGAUUUUCCAGGCAAACAUGAUCAGCGAUUUCCACAAUAGCAUGAAGAAGAAGCAGGGGGAGGACGUGGAGGAGAAGAGCGUCUUUGGCAAGUUCAAAGAUAAGGUUUCCUCCCUUUUCGGACACAGCCCUGAGUCCCAGAGGACCGACGUCUCGGCGCUGGAGAGGCAGGAGUUUGAGCCGGCUGUGUUCCAGCUGUGCGCCGACAACCAAAAGGCUGUGAACUCGGUGAAGAAGAGGAUCAACGAGCUGGUGGUGCGCGAGCAGGCGGAGCAGGUCCUCAAGGACCCCUUCAUCCUGAAGCUGUCCCAGUCGGACCUGGAGCAGCUGACGGCCCUGCAGGCCAAGCUGACCGUCCGCAUCCGUCUGGACCGCGGCGGGGGGGGCCAGGAGCCGGCGGUCCGGCUGGAGGGUCUGACCAGAGACGUCUUCACCGCCACCUCCGCAGUCAGUGAAAUCAUCAGGAAGGUGGAGCGGGAGGAGAAUCUGAGGAGCAAAGCUCUGCUGGUGAGCAGCCUGGUGGAGUGGCAGCACCUGCAGCCGGACGGGAGCAUGGCGGCCUUCGACAUCUACAGCAACCUGAAGCUGGAGGAGGCUCUGGAGAAGAAGGACACCGUGGAGCUCCGCAUCCUCAGAGAGAAGUACACCGCAGACCCCAACCUCAAAACGGCCAAGUCAAAGAAACACACCAUCGAGCUGCUCAGAAGAGACCUGAAAGCCGACUUCCUGCUGCCGUCACACUGGGCCGACAUGCAGAGCGACCUGGUGAAGCUGUUUCCUGUGACGGCUGGAUCUCAAGAAUACAACAACGUCCAGACAGAGCUCACCAAGACCGGCCUGUCCCUGAACAUCAUCAGUAUCGAACGGGUCCAGAACACAACGCUGUGGAAGAGCUAUCAGCUCCUAAAGGAGCGAAUGGAGGUGAAGAACAAACACCAGAACAACGAGAAGAUGCUGUUCCACGGCACCAGCAGCUCCUCAGUGGAUCUGAUCAACAGCACGGGCUUCAACCGCAGCUACGCCGGACAGCACGGAGCCAUGUUCGGCAAAGGCUCCUACUUCGCUGUGGACCCGGCCUACUCGGCCCAGCGCUACGCCCAGCCUGACGCCAGCGGUCUCAAGCGCAUGUACCAGGCGCGGGUCCUGGUGGGGGACUUCACCAAGGGGAACAACGGCUUGCUCGCCCCACCGGCCAAAUCGGGGAACACGGCAGACCUGUACAACAGCGUCACCGACAGCAGCAGCAACCCGAGCAUGUUUGUGGUGUUCAACGACAUCCAGGCCUACCCAGAGUACCUGAUCACCUUCACCUGA